AUGGCUAAUUCGCUAAAUAUGGGUACCGAUUCAAUUAUGUCGGUAGAAGAAUGGCUGACAGUUGGUAGGCUGGAUGCUUCUUUAGCCCUUUUGACUACCAAAAAUCAUCAUGUUAUUGAGUUUCCUACAAUGCUGCUGCCGGACAACAUAAAAGCCGGAUCUAUCGUCAAGAUUCAGGUUUCUGAGGAUCAGGAUCUGGAGAAAAAGGAGUUUGAGCAGUUUCAAUUACUUCAGAAUGAUAUUCUAGAGAAGUAUGGGACUCAUAGGCCACAAAAUCCGGUGUUGAACAUUAUCAAUGUAACACAAACCAGUGGUGUUUUAGGUUGGGAUGCUCUGGAACUGGGAUCGGCUCAGUUGAAAUCCCUUGUACUCUACAAAGAUGGUGUGCGCUCUUUGAUGAUACCCAACCCUUUCAAGACGACAGCCACUAAAAUUUCGGGGCUUUCUGUCGACUGCGAAUACAGUUUCCAACUUAGAUUGAGUACGACAUCCGGAGACCUUUGGUCUGAUAAGGUCGUUCUUCACACGCAUAAGAUGACUGACAUGUCAGGCAUCACAGCUUGUCUAGGAACUCUCGAUGGUGUACAAGGUGUCACUAAACUUCACAUUCAGACUAGCUUGAAUAAUAUUGGAGCUAAACCUCUACAAUCGCACGUUACAAUUGACACUACGCACUUUAUAUCUAACGACACAGACAGUGACGAUCCUGAGUUGCAAAAGGCUCAGCAGAGUAAUAUACCCGUUGUGAGGCCGGAGUGGGUUAGGGCCUGUGAACUUGAAAGAAGAAUCGUUGGGGUUCGUGGCUUCUAUUUGGAUGCAGAUACCGUUAAUUUAGAAAGUUACAAAUUCUCAAAAUUAUCAGCUGAAGAGGGACAGCCAGGCAUGAGCACUCAAAAUAAAGAGCUUCCAAUACCUUCUCAGGAUCGUGGUACUCCUGCGUCUGAAGACGUAGCACAUGCCGGUGUUUCACAACAAUCUACAGGUAUUUCAAAUGCGUCAUUAAAGAGUGAAGCUGAACCGGAAGUAAAUGGUCGUUCACAAUCUGCUGAGCUUGACCUUGAAGCCUCAGAAUCAGUAGAUCCGACAACAAACUCUGAUGUAGAAGAUCAGGCCGAGAAAACACUAUCAGAAAACGAGCCUGUAAGUGUGGAAGAAAGAAGCGGUCAAACUUUGGCCAAAAACAAGGAAGGUCUAGAAUCUAAUGUUUCGUUAGAAGAACCUGAGGCCACCAAUGAUGUGAUAGAGGAACCUAAGGGCCUAAAUAUUGAGGACAUCAAAACUGAGGCUCCAUCGGAUCAGACGAACGGAUUGUCUCUAACUCGUGAGACCUUCGAGCAAAAUUCUGAGCCUCCAAAAAUUUCGAUAGAAUCUAACGGCAACGAAAUCACCGAGGCCAACGAAAAUCUCGAACAGGAGAGGCUAAGUGAAGACCUUGAAACGCCCGACUCGCCAAAAAUGACCGAAAAAUCUGAGCCCACUGAGCACGGCAAGUCCGUGGAGGUGUCUGAGCUUACGAUGCCCUCAGAAACUCUCCAACUUUCGGAAUCUGAUCGAGGUUUAGAACCCACCCUGCCUGUAGGCUCUGUACAAUCCUUGAUGCCUGAAGAAAUGUCAAAGACAGCUGAUCAUGUAAACCAAAGUCAAGAUCUCGAUGAAUAUUCACUACCUGUCGAGCGAGAUGUGCUCGUCGGGGACACAUUGCCAUCCCAACAUACCGACCCAGAAGCUUUUCCAAAGUCUGCCGAAGUCACAAAGCCUUCUGGGGAGGAGGUGAUUUUAGAGAACGGGGAAUACUUUGAGCAAAACAUGCACACCCAAUCGACUGGUCCAAUCGAAGAUGAAAUAUCAGAAGCACUACCAAAUUCCUCCGAAACCCAAGCACCUCUUGAAGACGAUAUUGUCAAUGAUGUACCUUCUUCCAAUGGACAAGUGGAGCCCGUGGCAUCUUCUGAGAACGACGCUGGCACUGUUCAUGCCGAGCCCUCCGAUGGCCCAAAUAAUGCCGAAUUAUCUCAUCUAGAACCUGAUACGGAUGAAUUGACGGGUACUGAAAACACACCGGAAGCUGCCGACUCCACGGUUCCUGAGACCACAAAUGGUAACCAAUCGUCUUCCUCCUCCAAAAAGAAGAAGAACAAAAAGAACAAGAAAAAGGGCAAGAAGUAG